UUCUUUCUUUGUUAUCCAUGCAACAAGUACUACUAUUUCGUCGUUUGGGUGUAUUAUGAAAGGGGCGUGACUUUUUUCUGCCACAGAUAGCGCGUGAUACAAAACCGCAAGGUUUUAGCGCUUCCUUUACUCGCUUCUCACUUACGUCUUGCUCACAAUCCCAUCCGCACUACCACCACACCAAUGUUACCUCUCUCGAUAGUAUCUUCACCCACUCCAUCUGCUGCAAGCCGCCUGUCUGACGGCAGCCGUCAUUCGGAUGGUCCUCUCCCAUUUCCCAGAAACCCCAGUGUUUCUGAUUUCGAGAUCGAGCGCCCAACCAAGUUUUCACCCGCUCAACCCAAAAGGCCUCUCACACGGCGACUCCAAUCUGACUAUGAUAACGAACAUGCUCUCCGUGCUAGUGUCUCACGUUUGAUUGCAGCUAAAGCGCGUCCGUUUACUGUGUCCGGUCGCAUACCUAUGGAUCCGUCCGCUCUUAUCCUCUUUUUCCGAUCAAAGAGUGGCAUAACGCAUUCUCUUGAUUUUCCCAUCGAUGUCGAUAUCGAUACUCCACCAGCCCUUGAUGUACUCAUCGCAGCAUGUCGACCACAUCAAGUUGUAGAGUUUGAUACUUACUCCGAUCGGGAAUCGCUCUUUUAUCCACCCAACCUACCAUUAACUGCCACCCUCGAGAUCGCAAAUCAUCCCAUUCUGGAAGCAGUUCGUAAUAUGCUUUUCCCAAAUCUACCUGUUGGUCAUUAUUUGAUUACCACGAGAGAUAAAUUAGAGGUCGUCGUAUGCGGUGGUCGCACACCUCUGCAACCUUCGAGCCUACGUAACGAUGGCAGAGUGGCGACUAUUCAAGUUACCUUGCCAGUGCGGUUCCGAGGGGGUGGCCUUGUCAUCCGUGAUGCUGAAGGCCGCGAGGAAAAAUACUACGGAAGAGGCGGAAAGGCUGGAGAUAUGGAGUGGACUGCGUUUCUCGCAGAGUGCGAAUAUGAGGUGGAGCCUGUGCAGAGGGGAUGUAGGAUCAGUAUCUCGUAUGGGGUGCACCUGAAGACAUUUGGACCUACCGUGGAUCCCCUUAUCACUCCCAGUGAAAAGUUCCUCGACUUUCUCACCCCCGUGUUGAAUAUGUCUCGAGGACGUAAAAUCGCGUUUUAUUUGACGCAAGAGUACACUGUCAAUCCCUCCGAGGUCCUCGCAGAUUCGUUGGUUCCCCACCUGAAAGGAAACGAUUCAUUACUAUAUCACGCUAUCAAAAUAUUCAAGCUUGCACCGGAGCUUCACUGGUCGGCGGGCGGCUACAUAUGGCCUAUCGAUCGCACCGUCGAAUGUGGGAAUGAGGCAGAAUCGAGCCCCAGCGGCGCUCGAAUGACUUUUGGAGGCUAUGGAUCCUCGCGGCGAACGGCUGGUCGUGCGUUCAGCGGCUACGGCGACUCUGACGAAGAAGAGGCUGAGAUUAUGAGGGCAGAAGCGGAUAGUUUGAGGUUUAGAGUUGAAGAAAGCGGUGCCAUCCCACUCGCCGAAGCUGAGAUCUUUGUUCUAUCAGACUGGAGUCCAGGGCCGAUGUCGAAGGAAAAGGUUCCGUUCGUGUCCAACGGCGAACUCGAAAAAUUGCUGGUCAAUGUCCUCCUGGUGACUUAUGUCCCCUGAGGCGCGAAGACGGCUGGCCCGUUGCUUACUUUGAUGACACCCCCACGUUCACAUUUAGUAGUACGAUCGCACGAAUAUCUGGACGUUGGCUGUUUUUCUCUCAUCUUAAUGUUUUCCUGUUAAAUUUCUUCAGCGCAAUUGUACGUAGGAUGUAUUUUACGAAUGUACGGUACCAUAACAUAGGAAAUCCUGGAAUUUAAAAAAAUGGUUAGAUU